AUGGACAAGUUCCGGAUGAUCUUCCAGUUCCUGCAGUCCAACCAGGAGUCCUUCAUGAACGGCAUCUGUGGCAUCAUGGCCCUGGCCAGCGCCCAGAUGUACUCAGCCUUCGACUUCAACUGCCCCUGCCUGCCAGGCUACAACGCGGCUUACAGCAUGGGCAUCCUGCUGGCACCACCCCUGGUGCUCUUCUUGCUGGGCCUGGUCAUGAACAACAACGUGUCCAUGCUGGCGGAGGAGUGGAAGCGGCCACCGGGCCACCGGGCCAAGGACCCUGCCGUGUUGCGCUACAUGUUCUGCUCCAUGGCCCAGCGUGCCCUCAUCGCACCCGUCGUCUGGGUGGCUGUCACACUACUCGAUGGCAAAUGCUUCCUCUGUGCCUUCUGCACUGCUGUGCCUGUGACCGCACUGGGCAAUGGCAGCCUGGUGCCUGGCCUUCCUGCCCCCGAGCUCGCCCGCCUGCUGGCCCGAGUGCCCUGCCCUGAGAUCUACGAUGGUGACUGGCUGCUGGCCCGAGAGGUGGCUGUGCGCUACCUGCGCUGCAUCUCCCAGGCACUGGGCUGGUCCUUUGUGCUGCUGACCACACUGCUGGCAUUCGUGGUGCGCUCCGUGCGGCCCUGCUUCACACAGGCCGCCUUCCUCAAGAGCAAGUACUGGUCCCACUACAUUGACAUUGAGCGAAAGCUCUUCGAUGAGACAUGCACAGAGCACGCCAAGGCCUUUGCCAAGGUCUGUAUCCAGCAGUUCUUCGAGGCCAUGAACCAUGACCUGGAGCUGGGUCACGCCCACGGGGCACUGGCCACGGCCCCUGCUUCCAAGGCUGCCCCCAUGCCCCCUGACGGUGGGGAGGAGGAAAGGGAGAAGCUGCGUGGCAUCACGGAUCAAGGCACCAUGAACAGGCUGCUCAUGAGCUGGCACAAAUGCAAACCGCCUCUUCGGCUGGGCAGGGAGGAGCCGCUGCUGAUGGGCAAUGGCUGGGCUGGGGGCGGGCCCCGGCCUCUGCGCAAGGAGGUGGCCACCUACUUCAGCAAAGUGUGA